AUGGGAAAUGUAUUUCAUCCACAAACAAUUGCAACAGAAUCUCCUCCAAUUUUUAAUACAAAAAAUAUAACUGAAGGGUUGUUUUGUGCUGAUAUUAUUGAGCGUUGUGAUGAAAAACCUUUGUGGAAUGCACUUAUGGGUUAUGGGUUUCUAGUAGUUUUUUGUUUUGCUUUAAUUGGGAAUUGUCUAAAUUUGUUAAUUUACAAUUCUGACCAUAUUCGGUUUUUUAUUGCUAUUAGAAUGCUUUGCACUAAAUUGUUAAUGAAUACUUGUAUGAUGAUGGUUAUGCUUCCUCAAGCUCUUCGGGUUAUCCGUCUUUGGGAUAUUGGGGAUCGAACUGACCAACUUUAUUGGCGUUUUUGGCCUUAUCAGGCUUAUUUAACCAAUGUUUUUGGAUUUUGUGCAAUGUGGCUAACAGUUUUAAUGACAGCAGAAUGUUAUAUUCAUAUAUUCUUCCCCUCAAAAUCAAAACUUUUAUGUACUAAACAGACUGUUUGGCGUUCCUAUUUUAUUAUCUUACUUACUGGUCUUAUAUUGGCUUCAAUUUAUCCUCUAAAUCGUGAUGUUUCGUUGGUCAACAAAUGUGAUCGAAAAGUUGUUAAGAUUAUAACCUCUCAAAGUAAAUUAUUAAUUUUUAGACACAUCUCUAAUCUCUCUAAUCGUUGA